AUGCCCUACUCGAAGCCCGGGAGUCGUGCAGCUCAGAGACUCGAGGCUGUCGGUAAACAGAUCAUACCUUCGCCUGUUGACCAAGACCCUUCCACGCUGUUCAACACUGCUGACAUGGCGCUUCCAUCGACCCGCCGAAUCGUCACGGGCCAUGACGAGAACGGGAAAUCCAUCUUCCUCUCCGACGAGCGCCUGAAUCCUGCCUCUCCCCUUCACGGCGACGGCACCCCGCCAGCACCUACCGUCCCCGGCUUCACGCUCAUCGGCAAGACCAGCGGCCUUCCUGACACGUCCGUCAAUGAUGUCAGCUUCACCGAUCUGCACGGCACGCGGCAGGAUCUGUCCGACGAUGCUGGCGUCACCUGCCGUCUCGUGACUUUUCCACCCCAGCCCAAGGAUGUGCCGGAGGAGGUCAACUUCAUGCACCGUACGCAGAGCUGGGAUGUUGGCGUCGUGCUGGAGGGAAGGGUCAUGCUGAAGCUGGAUACCGGCGAGGAGAGAGAAGUUGGCGCGGGCGAGGUUGUGGUGCAGCGGGGAACGAAUCACGCAUGGAGGAACAGUUCUGCCGAGAACUGCCGCAUGCUCUUUGUGCUGGUGCCCAGCGUGCCGAUCAAGAACCGGACCACGGGCGAGGUGCUGCCGCCGACGGAUACGAAGCAUCUCACCACCGAGGAGGGCGCGAAGGAGGUCAUUGCUAAGAUGGUGGCACAGGUGGCCGCGAGGGGACAGCACUAG